AUGGCCGAACACAGAGGAAACAUACGCUGUUGUUUUGUAGUUUGUUUUGUUUUUUUCCUUUCUUUUAGACUUUCUUAUGGCGUUUUAUAUUCGUCAGCCGAUCAAAUGGUUCUUUUAGAAAACGAUACAAUCUCCAGUGUAAUUCAUAAUAGCCCAUCGGCUUGGGUAGUAGAAUUUUAUUCCAGUUUUUGCGGACAUUGUCAUGCGUUUGCUCCUACAUGGAAGAAGCUGGCAAAAAUGGCAAAAGGUGAGUCCUAACGAAUAGAAUGUAUCUUGCGGUAGAAAUUUAUUUAUGAUGUGAUAUGACUGAGGAAAUUGGGAAAGAACUACAAGAGUGGAUAACUAAAACUCUAUCAAUCUGCUCGCGAUCGAAUGUUCUUUGUUUGGAUGUGAUCUAUUUUUAAUGACAUGAAAUAAGAGGGAAUGAGAUCUCUAUAAUAAUUGUUUCAGGGCGAACUAUUUUCCCAACCCUUCCCUUUUAUUUGCUAAGAAGCGAAUAAUAUGUUUUGUCAGGGCCAAUCUGUCGAAUCUAAGAUUGGCGACAAAAGUCAGCUGCCGUCGCAAGUUCAUUUUCUUUAUCCUGAUAAAUUAUUUAUCUGUCACAGAGGAAAGGGAACUUAACACCACACAAUUAUGGGGAAUUUUUUAAAUCGUCAUUCCUUCUUCGGUGCCUGCUGCAGAAAUAAGGCUGAAACGAACUUAAAGCUUGAGCUGAAAGAACGAAAACCAUUAUAUUUCUUGUAUUGGCCCACGGAAUGAAGUUUCGAAGAGGAAGUCUAUUUAAAUGUAAAUUAUAAGUAAACAGCUGGUUUUUUGAGAACCUAUUCGCGACAAAACCCCAUUGGUUUUCAUUUUAUUUUACUUGCUGAUCCUUUCCAGCUCUUUUAUAUCCUUUAUUUUGAUUUGCUUUAAAGUCGUGAUCUAAUACUAAAACCAAAUGAUGGAGUGAGAAAACAAGACUUAGACACAAGGGAUACAUGUGGAAGCUGUUUGCUUGUUUCAAUCAAAACAUUAAGCUCGGAAAGGAAACCAGCCAUGAUUAUUGAGGCAAAUUUAUUCAGAAUAACAAGUAUAUUCAUUAUGUCUAAUUUAGACAGGCACAAGAACUUUCUUUUUGAACAAAAAGCUAUUUGUCAAAGAGAAAGCUUCACUGAAGAAAUAAGUCUAAGUGCUACACCUUUCUUGUGAAAAUAAGGUAUCUUUUUGCAUGAAAUGAAAUAAUGAUUUUCUCAUUGCUUUGUUUUGCACUAAAAUCUGUUUUAAAACAGAGAUAAAUUUUACCUGUGCCAGUUUUAAUGAACAGCUGAAAUGUAUGAUAUAUAUAGAAUUUAAUAUUGAGUCUAAGCAUGAUAGCCUGUAUGCAGAUGCCUCCUAUUUCUUUGAUGAAUGGUUUUUAUUGAUUAUUUUUAGAAGGUACUUUAUAUCUACUUUAGUUUAAAUCAGAUUUCUGAUCAGAACCAUCUUAAAGUACAAUUUCAAACAAAAUCUGUGGAAAAAUUUAAUUUUUUGGUCUUUUUGCCUUUAAAAUGUGCAGUGUCCAUCUUGGCUUCAUGCAAAAUUUUGUUUCCUUCCCCUGUCUUCCACAAGCACUUGGUUUUCUUUUAAAUGCAAAAUUCACUUGUAGAGGAAAAGAAGAAAACAAAAUUGACAGGAAGGGAGAAUUAACAAUCAGAUCUUGGGAGUUAAAGGGUCAAGAAUUAUAUAUUAAGCAGUAGCCUCUAUUUGGUUUGAUAGUAUGUAUUGAUAGUUGCAAUGAAUUGGUGUUUAAAACAAUUGACUGUUUGCUGCACAUGGGAUAUUUACUUUUCAGUAAUCUCUGGAAUGACUUAAUGAACCAAAAAACAUCCCUUUCUCUGUAACAACAGCUAAAUGCUCUUUCAUCUUGAAUUGAACUUUAAACAAUCGUUUUUAUUGCAGUUGAUGUACAGUUUGCAAAUUGGCAAAUAUCACUUGGGUUAUAUCCCCAGAUAUUCCCUAGUUGUAGCUGGGGCAUGCUCCAUCAUGUGAUGCAAUUAUAUCAAUUACUAGCAAGCAAAAAUAUCAGAUGGAUUAUGACAGGAAUUAUAAUGAACUAUUUUUAUAAGUUCAUUUAUGAAAUCAUAUCUGUCUUGAAAUCAAUUUUUUGAAUUUUUCAUUGUUACACAUCUUGCCUUAAAUAUGAACAAUAAUUAAAACAAACAAGGAAAAGUUCAAACAGAGGAUAUUGUGUAGCCACAUUGUGAAUCUCCUCUUAAUUUUAGAAUUUGCCUUUUUUCCAUUGAGUUCUCACUGUUACCUACAUUCUUUAAUUUAUAGACUGGAAGCAGCUUAUACAUGUUGCUGCUAUCGAUUGUGCUGAAGAACGUAAUCUAGCAACAUGUGUACAUUAUCAAAUAGAAGGUUAUCCUUCUGUAAAGGUGAGUGUGACACACUAGUCAUUUGUUGGUGCUCAGUUUAGCAUGGCAUUGUAACAGAGGUCAUGAAACACAAGGCAACAGGUCACUGUGGCAGGUCCAUACAACGAGUCACACAAUCUGUUUAUUGUUAACUCUUAACAAUUUACAUCAGUAUGCAUAUUCUCCACAUUAUAAUUUAUAAAUUGCCUGUGGUAGUGACAAGGAGAAUUUUGAUAACAAUCAAAAGCUUUUUAGCUGGCCAUCAUUUUUGUUUUUCUCUUUCAGUGGUAAUACUAUAAGCCAAAACUAAGUAGCUAGCCACUGUUAGAGGUUGGAAGGUUACACAAUGUGUCAUGACUCGUUAUUUUAUGAUAAUACAAUUUGUCUUUGGGUCAAAAGUCUGUGCUUUAAGAUAAUUUUUUAUUUUACAAAAUUAUGCAUAGCAAUUAAAUUGAAUUUUUUCUGCGAUUUAUGACCUGCAAUGAGUCACAAUGACUGCUAAACUUUGUGUGUCUCCACUGUCAAUCUUAUCUUAAUGUGGAAUUAGAGACUCAAGGGGUCAGGUGCUGUGUGAUGUAGGAUUUGGCUUUAAUUCUGAAUUUGAAGGUGUUCUGGGAAGCCUGGAAAAAAAGGAGCUUUGCAACAAACUGUCAAUUGUAUCUGUGCAUUUUCUGUGGGCUGUGACACUUCUGGAGAUAAUACACAAACAGGCUUUUAUUACAAAAUUAUCAAAAUUUUCUUAUGGACCACAUUUAGGGAUGUUUUGUAUGAAGACAAUUUUAUAAUAUUAUAUGACUAGUAAUCUACAUUCUUGAUAUCAGAGAAUGUAGAGAAGAUUUAGGCAAGAAGAGAUCAGCAAAAUUUUCUUGGUCCAAGACCAUGUGAAAUCAAACAGCACACCACUUGAGUUUCUCAGAUUAUAUUACACAAAAAAGGGGCUUUCAUGUCAUCGGAGGUCUCCUUUCUCUACAAACACACAUGAAGUAUUGCCAUUGGUCCCUUUCGAGAAUGAAGCACCAUAAAAACCAACAACACAGUUUAAAUCAUAUGUCAUUUCAGAUGGAAUUUGUUUGCUUGAUGAAAUAUACAGCUGUAUAAACUAGUGCAUGGAAGCUUUUUUCUCAUGAAAUAAUGCUAUUGAUUUACUUAUAAAGUGUCUUGACAUUAUUAUUUAUGUUGAGUCUUAAUAAUUAAUAGAAAAGAUUUACUGUGUACAUCCAGGCGCUUUUGUUUCAACACACUAUAUUUACCCUUCUGCUGAUGUUUUCUCUCCAAUAGUUUUUUAAUGCAUCUGCUCCAAGCUCUAAUCUAGGCAAAACAUUUACAGGUAUGAUGUUAGGAUAUGAUGUAGGUACCUUUCUUGUCACAUACAGUUAGGAUAUUAAAUAUUCCCAUGAAGCAUUAACUUUGAUUUUUUUAUUUUUGGAUGUUAUUAUUUAAUAAUUGAUUUUUAUUAUUUUCACUAUUUUGGUGAUUUGUAAAUAAUCUCAAAAUGAUUAACAGUAAUUAAAGAUGGCAUGCUUAAAAUUUUUUGCACUCUUGAGUUAGUGCUAAGUCAAUUAAUAGAUUAUGUGUAGAAUUUAACCUUUCAAUUUUGCUAAGAUCAUCCAUAACAAGAUAAAAAGAUGUUUUUAAGAUCAGUUUUGUUACAAGAAAGUAGGAAUAUGUUUGAGAAAGACUUCACUGAAAAAAAACCAAAGUUGACCACCGAUCAGAUCUGCCUUCACUUGAAUGUCAGUUACAUGUAUGGCAUGAUUUCUAAACUGUCCUAUUAUGCUUUUGUACACAACCAUAUAUGUAUACUGUCCUACAAAUGCUCAGAUAAAAGUGGCUAAUGACCAAUCACAAUUGAGGAUUUUGUCAUAAUUAUCUUUUAUUGCUCAGUUUGUGUGAGAUUUUGGUUAAUAGUUGGGAUUGAAAUUUAUUAAUUUUCUUCAUUUCAAUUAGGAGAAAGAACACUUCUAGGUAUUAUCCAUGAAAUGGUCAAGGUUGCUGAGCUACAAAAAACGCUUGGGUUAAUUCGUACAGAUUUGGAUUUUGUACCCAUAGGGUAAGCUAAUUGAGAAAUAAAGAAUGACGUAUGGGUGGGUGUUGAUAUCUUCAAGCAUUCAACUUCAUAUCUCGAUAGUUCUCUGUGCUAACUCAAGAGAUAUCAAGUUGAACACAGGAAGAGAAAUGUCAUAACUACAGGCAACCACGUAUUACCUUGUUUGGUGAAAUAAACACUAUAAGUCUUUACUGACAAGAAAAGUCGACUGGUGAACACUUUGUUAUUCAUUCAUCUGCCUAAUAGAAUGGUGAGAAAGGCAAGUUACCUGUCAGUAGGCGAAUUACCUGUCAGUAGAUGAUGGGAAUAUCAAACCCAUUUCACAAAAAUAUAUUGAAUUUUGCAUUAAUUAAGGCUUUUCUCAGGGCUGUAAACACCGCAGUUUAUAUAAUAAAGAGAUAUGAUUUUGAUGUAAAAAAUUGCCACCCUUCCCACACAUUUGCUGUGUCUUUUAAUUAAUUAAUGUUUUAUAAAGUUUUGUUGGCAUUGAAUUCAGUUUCAUUAUUACCUAAAUUUAAAUUUUUCCUGCAGGAAAGAAUUUGUAUCCAGUUUUGUGGAGGGUAAAACAUCGUAUGAUGAGUUGGCAUUAAUUUUUGAGGUACCAACUUCAUACAUUGGUCGUGAGGUGAGUUUUUUCUAAAGCAGGCCCCAAUGAUUAGAUAUUUUUAGUAGCCUGUCGUUAAAUUUUGACUGCACAAAAUUAAAUCCUAUAUCUGUUGUAGCUGAAAAUGAUUUUGAUUAAACUACUGUGAUUUGUAUACUCUUUGUAAAUCAAUUAUUAACAAUAAAAAAUCAAAUUAGUAGUUGAAAGUCAUUGUAAAUUGCAUUGUAUGCUUUCACUAUUGAACUGAAUAUAACCAUGAUUAUAUAUUUUUUCAGGUCAUGUUAGACAUGAUGAAAUGCCCAGGGUUGGGUGUCAGAAGAGUCCUGAGUCGAAAUGUGAGUGUCUUGCCUAUAUCUUAAUCUUGGAAAACACAAUUGUUGCACCAUUGCAAUAAGUUGCAUCCUCUACAGAUAUUAUGUCGACAUUUUAUCUCAUGGUAUAACGUCAGUCAGAAAUUUACUUAUAAUUACUCCUUCAUUCCCUCCCUCCAUUCUCUGUUCUGUCAGACAAUUAAUUUUAUUCAUUAAAACUUGGAUUAAAUGGGUUAUUCCCUGCUUCCCUUUUUAGAUUUUCCUCUUUUCCCUAUAUCAUGCAUUUGAUUUCUGUUAAAAUAGCUGGGGUGGUACAAAGGCUGAAAUAGUUGCCUGAGUACAUGGAUUUAUCAACAUAAUUCAAAUUGGCAUCUGCUGUCAGGCCUGUAGGCUAAAAUGAUCUGGUGGGUUUUUUCCUUUUUUUUUUUCACUCCAUCCUUGGUCAAAAUACACCUGUGUAGACCUUACAAAUCAACAGGAAAUGUGUGCAGGAUACUCAAUUGGGAAAAAAGGGCUUCAGAGUCUUAAUAUCGACAAUGACAACAGUCCCAAUGUUCAAUAUGGAAAUAUAUUGUUGGACUGUUCCUUAAAAUCAUCAAGGUGGUUUUUCCUUCUUUUGCUCCAUUCUUGAUCAAAAUACACCUUUUAGACCUCACAAACAAAGAGCAAACAUACAGAAGAAUGCUCCACUGGAAAAAGGCUUCAAAGUCUUGAAAUCAAUGAUGAAAACAGUUCAAAAAUAGAUAUGAGCAAUUUUAAUUCUUGUCUUCAAUUUGAUUUUUGCGUGAAUAUUUGGCAGCCAAUAUGGUUAAAUGUGACAUGUAUUUGUCAGCUUAUUCACUAUAUUUUGAAGUUUUUUACAGAUUUUAUUUGAUUUGACUCUUUUUUUGGUCAGACAAUCACCUUGUGAGCUUAUUUUGCUCCUAGAGCAUGAAUCUUACUGGUUUGAAACAUAUUCCUUGCUCUUAUACAGCUUGAAUUGGCCAUCAUUUUCCUAUAACAUUGUCACUCUUUGUACUUCUUUUUUUUAUUUUUUAUUUAACUCACUUUUAAAUAUUUGUUGUCUUGAGACCUCAUUUGGUGUCUGUUGUCAUUACACAUUUGGUUCCAUUCCCUUGCUCAGCACAAUUUGGCAUCUAGCUAGAUAUCUUUACAGCAAAAACUCCAAGUGGCUAAGAUUCACUAAUCAAAUGAUGUCCCAUCAAUGUAGAGGGACUCAUUAAUUCUGUAACCCCUAUGAUUGACUAGCAUCAAAUUUCUCUUUACAAUAUCACCCCUCAAUCAAACAUUAAGGUCACAAGAAUGAAGUACAUGAUCACCUACAAAAGAAGCUCUUGAUUGUGAAACAAAUACAGUAUGGAAAACUUAGCUGUUAUUAGGGCAUAGGAGGUGAACACUCUAUCUAUGUCACAACAUGUACCAGUAAGUAAAGAAACAAUCAGAAAAAGCAUUUUUUUAAGGCUUCUCAGUCUCUUACAAUGCCGUAGGCUACUCAGCUCUGGGUGAAAUAACUGGUCACCCCCUUUUAAUCAAGUAACUUGAUGGUCUUCCAAUUCCAAAUUUUUAGAAAAUACUGAUCAAUCAUUUUACUCUUCUACACAGAAAUUUUUGGUGGAGAAAUAUGCAAUAAAGAAAUUCCCUUCUCUUAUUGUGGUCCAUCGAAGAGGCACAUUUAAAGAACUUUCACAGUAAGUGAAAACUUUUUUGAUACAAUUUGUAACUGCAUAGGAUUAGAAUAACCAGAGACCUUUUUGCUACAAUUUUUUUUUUCUCAUUUGUGCAGUGAUGAAAAGACGCAUGCUAGCUACAAAAAAUCCCUUGAAGAUCUUUGUUUAGGAGUGAAGCCUUCUGUGGAGCUCCCAGAAAUCACUGAAGCUAUGACUCUGUACAAGAGAUUGCAUGGAAAAGCAGAGAAAAGAAAGCAAGAAGCUGGAAGCAGGUGGGAACAUUGUGGCAAUACCUUUCUUAUCAAAUGACUAUGUGAAUAAAGAAAUUGACUGUUUACUGAUUUUCUCUCAAAUCAGUUGAGCCAAUCAGUUAGUUCUCAAUUGUUUGUUCAGUUAAGUUAAUCUGUGUGACCUAGUCUGUGCAUAAAUCAGUUAGUCAGUUAGUUAUUCAUUCCAUCAGCCAGCCAGUCAGUCAGGUGUACCUAGUCAACUAGUGAGUCAGUCAGUCAGUUGCUCAGUCUGUCAGUCAGUCAGUCAGUUGCUCAGUCUGUCAGUCAGUCAGUCAGUCAGUCAGUUGCUCAGUCUGUCAGUCAGUCAGUCAGUCAGUCAGUUGCUUAGUCUGUCAGUCAGUCAAUCAUUUCAUCAGCCAGCUGACUAGCAAGCCAAUCAGUCACUCAGUCAGUUGCUCAGUCUGUCAGUCAGUUAGUCGGUUGCUCAGUCUGUCAGUCAGUCAUUUUGUCAGCCAGCUGACCAGCAAGCCAGUAAGUCACUCAGCCAGCCAGUUAGUCAGUUGCUCAGUCUGUCUAUCAGUCAGUCAGUCAUUUUGUCCGCCAGCCGACCAGCCAGCCAGUUAGUCAGUCAGUCAGCUUACCAGUCAUUCUACCCACAAGCCAGUCAGUUCAGUGUGUCAGUUUCAUUUGGUUGGUCCGUUAAUCUCCAUUUGAAUCAUAUAAUAUGUACUUGUUGUUCCCCGAAUAACUGAUUUGGUAAGAUUUACGUUAUGAAGGCAUUUUUUCCCUCUUUUUGAAACAGUUCCGAGGUAUAUAUGCAAGACUUAGAAAGUGGUUUAUCUUUUAUGCUGAACGUUGAAGUGGCUACCAAGCCGAUCAUCCAGGGAGAUGAGUACUUGGCGCUGAGGAACUUUAUAGGAAUGCUGGCAAAGGUAACCUAGAGAUUUCAUCCGUUUUCAGAAGUACGCUACAUGUGUGUGAUACAUUGUGUAUCUCUAUCUUAUGACAAAAUCACUUCUAUUGAAUGGUUAAUUUAGUCUCUUUUUUAUUCAGUUAAUGAUAACGUCAAUGACUGUGAUGAUAACGAUGACGACAUUUGUUAACAAUGCAUGCUUAAACUUUAUUAGUCUCCAAUAUUCAUAGUAGAUAAUUAGAGUACAUAAGUAGAGUGCACGUCAGUCAGAGAUAACGACUAACUCCAUUAAAAAAAAAUGUAUAUUUUCAGUGUUUUCCUGGAAGACCAUCCUUGGGCCAGAUGUUAAACAACUUACACGCCAAGUUGCCUCUCACGCGGACAAACAUUUUCAGGUCGGAAUAUUUGUACAAUGUGCAGCGAUCUCAGGUAAGUUCGUACAGGUGAACUUUUUCCUUCAGCUCGUUCCCAAAAACAUAAAUGCAUGGCCUGAUUUACUUGGGUCGUUUCUGCCGCUAUGGUGGGAUUUCAGCUUCGUGUGAUUACAGAAAAAAGCCGUGUUUUUUUCCUGGUGAAGUUCGCAUCGAUGAAUGACUUGUCGUGUGUGACUGAAGCGGUAAACUAAUGGAUCGGCUAUGCCAGAGGUGAUAGCCGAUUGAUUCUUGCGCUGGACUGCCGAUCGAGAGGUUUGGGUUCGAGCUCUAGCCGUGUGGGCAAGACAUCCCACUCUCACAGGACUUAUCCCCUCUCAGGAAUAUUCGUGGGUCGCUGCGAACUUCCAAGGAAACUUUGACUAAUCUCUGGGAGGUUAUCGGCUUUUGACUAGCGUCUUGUCCUGGCUGGGUAGCAAUCUUUCCAGUCGUUUCGUAUCGACAGUAAUUGGCAAGUAAACUCAUAGAAUUGGAGAACACCCCAGUCUAUCCCGGUAUUGGUGGGCUAACAAACUCUUCCACACUACCUCUGAGUUUGCCUGUCUCUGAUCUCAGGUUAGUGUUCUAACCACGGUGGACACUAAGCCAGGGUUAAGUUUUCAUUGUAGUUAGCAAUACAGCCCAGGGAGCGCUCGCUUCAAAGGUGGUCAGCCCGAAUAAAGCAUUUAAAGUUAGUAUUGAUUUCAAUUUUGUGAACGCAUAUACAAGGGUAGACAUUUUGCGGGUUUUAUUCAAGUCAAAAAAUUGAUGUUAAAAGAAUGGCCCAGGAAAUUUUUUGGUGAACUCGAUCAGUGUGGACACCAACAACUGCAAGACUACUGUGAAUGAGGUAGUCUGUUGUGACUAGCACUCCAUCAAGGGAAAGAAGUGUUACUCCUAGUGGCUGUAUGGCAUGAAUUACGUCACUGCCGUUAAUCAUGUGACAUAGUGGCUGAUUGUACAGUGUCUCCACAAUUUAUUUGCAGGCGAACGUGAAACUGGACGGUGGCCCAAACGCUCAUCCUCUACCCAAAAAGGUUAAGUGGGUGGCUUGUUCUGGUAGCAAGCCAGAGUACCGAGGCUACCCGUGUAGUUUAUGGACUUUAUUCCACACACUCACCGUGAACUGCGGCUCGAGCCACCAGCUAACAGGUCUGGAUGUUCUCUCUCGUAUCAGAGAAUUCAUCCGCUACUUCUUUAGCUGCGAAGAAUGUAGGAAACACUUCACGGCGAUGUCUUCAAAUCUUAGUAACGAAGUCCAUUCGCACAACGAGGCAAUCCUAUGGCUGUGGCGGGGUCACAACAAGGUGAAUGAUCGACUGGCUGGCGACCAAAGUGAAGAUCCGAAGCACCCCAAGAUCCAAUUUCCGUCUAAGGACCUUUGUGAGGAGUGUCGGGUUCCUGGCUCUGAUGAUCACAACGUUCAGUGGAAUGAGGCGGUCGUCUUGGAAUUUUUGAAGAACCAUUAUGGGGUAGACAAUAUCAGGAUUAAGAAACCGCCAGCGCGAUCAGCUCCAGAGUUAGAGGACACUGACAUUGUAAGCAAACAUUCCAAGCGUCAUUCUGUUUCUCAUCUCAGUAUAAUCGGUCUGAGUUCCAUUGACGCCAGCAUGUGUCUGAUUUUAUAUUCAGCCAUAGCUUUUGCAGUUAUCGCCUUGUACAUCUAUUUCAUACGAAGGCGCCGGAGAAUCGUAAGGCUUCACGUUCACACACCUUAAUCUUAACAGAAAAAUUCUCAUGUGAUGCGUCGUGUCUAGGCACUUGUUGAUUCGAGAGAGUUAAGUUCACUUGAACACAAAUUGUUUAAAAAAGUCAAUGUUCUGGUCGUUUCAUGCUUCGCCCUUGAUCAAUGGAAAUUCGUUCGGUUUUCUUUUUAAUCAUAGCAAGUAACAGGGUCAGAAGCUUUCAUUGCCGGCUAAAACUUGUUUAAAAUUCUCUCAGUCUAUUUUACUAUUAAUAUUUAUUUAUUUAUAUGAAAGCCGCUAAAGGGCACACUAUUCCCAAGACUAAAUUCAUUCGAGUUAUUUUUGAUUUUACUAGAUAAAGUAAUCGCAAAUCGGAAGUGAAAAUUUAACACGAUGUAUUUUUGCAAUUAAAUUUAAAAUUUAAAAGCAAAGAAAUUAAAAAAAAACUAACAAACGUAUUUCCAUCACAAGAUUCUCUUUUUCUGUUGAAAGAUGUAUGAAAACUAACUUGGUUUAAAAUCGGAGCGGAAAAAAAACUUUGAUCUCCUCAUAAAUUUUCAUCAAGUAAGAUUUGAAUGUUGAGUUUAAAAAAGAAAAGAAGUUCCCAUAAGGUGUGGCGCGAAGUAUUGUAGAGUUUUAUUAGCACUACUGACCUUUCCUUUGUAGCUCCUCCAGCAAGGAAGCAUUUUAGAGUUAUAUUAUUAGUUGGAGAAAGUGGAACGUCUUAAAGUUUACAUGAUAUUGAAUUGUUAUAAAAUUUCCAAUGUACAUAAUGAUAUAUUAAUGGAUAGAGUUUUAGAUUGAAUUCAAUUUUAUUCUACUUUAUCGUCUUAAAUUUUAAAUCUUACAAGGCAAAA